AUGGCGAGCCUCGAAAGUGGUAAGUCCGACUUGAAGCCGCUGGAUGUGCUCAUCAUCGGGGGUUCUUUGGGUGGCUUGAUGGCAGGCAUACUGCUGAAGCGCAGAGGUCACAAUGUUCGAAUUCUGGAGCAAGCCGAAUCAUCCGAGCGAGAAGGACUGGCUGCGGGCGUUGGCCUAUCAUUUCAUGUGAAGGCCUUCUUCGAGACUGAAGAUCGACUGAAAGACAGACCUUUGGGAGUGGCAAACGAUGCCUUCUAUGUAUUGGACUGGAAUAUGGAUGUCAAGUACAAACUGCCGACCAAGACCAAUCUGACUACCUGGGACUCGGCAUACUACCGGGCAAGAGCGAACUUCGAUCGAUAUGCGAGCUCGUAUGUGCCAGACCCACCACCAGUCGACGCUGAGAGCAACGAGGGAGAGGGUAUCUACUUGACUGGCAAGAAAGUGACCAAGGUGGAUGAUAUUGAUGGCAGAAUGACUGCCAUUGUUCAGAAUGCGCAAAGUGGCGAGGUCGAGCACUACCAGGGCGACAUUGUGAUAGCAGCAGAUGGCGCCAACAGCCCGAUCCGGCGGCAGCUCAACCCUGGCCUCGAGCGCGAGGAGCCUGGCUACGUGAUAUGGCGUGGUACAGUACCUACGAAAGAUCUCAGGCAGGAGCUUCUCGAUAAGAUCGAGGACAAGCCCAUCAUCUGGCCGGGGCAGCACACAUACUGCGUCAUAUACACAAUUCCAGGCAACAACGGCUCUCUCAAGCCAGGGGAACGAUACAUCAACUUCGCAUGGUACUUCUGGCCCACGCAAUUCUCUCUACGCGACAUCAUGACCGACAGUGAUGGCCACUACCAUCGAACGACGAUUCCGAAAGGCAAACUGCAACCAGACAUCUGGAAGUCACAGCUGGAGCAAGCACGCCGUCUCCUCAACCCAGAGCUGGUCGAGCUAGCCGAGCACAUUAAAGAGCCGUUCGUGUCCGUUAUCAGCUCCAUCAGCGCACCAAAAGCCGCGUACUUCAACAACCGACUCUUCCUCAUCGGCGAUGCCUUGACACAGUCGCAGCCGAAUGUUGGUAUGGGAACGAGUCUUGCUGCAUUUGCUGCGACUACAUUGGUCAAAGAGGUGAUUUGCCCGCCAAGUCAGAGCGAGCGUCUUGGCAAGGACAGAGUGGCAGAGUGGGAGCGUAAGGCGUUGCAGGAGACUGAGCUCACUCGAUUGCGGAGCGUGUCGUUCGCGUCAUGGUAUCUGAAUUCGUGGCCUAUGAUAGGAUGGUACUUUGCGAGGUACUACUUUGAGCAGUACUGGCAGCGCUGGAUUGGGAGGAGAACGCAAGCCUUCUCCGUAUUUGGGAGGUGA